AUGAGUUCCACCGACCCAGACGGACAGCGCAAGGAUAGCCUAAUGUCAGAAUUGAAUGCAUUAUUCGCGCCACCAACGCUUGAUACGUUCGGCAAAAAAGGUCUCGUUGGAAUCCCAUCGGCCCGCCGAGCUCGAAAGAAUCAGGGUCGUACAUCGUCGAGCGAGAAUCUGUCAGCCGACACCAGAUCUGAUGUUGUUUCAGCAACAACGGCAUCACAGUAUGCGGGUCCCAGUGCAAUGCGUGACGACCCUACUUGGAGAAAACCGCGCGCGAACUGUCACGAUUACUGCGACAGUUGCAACUGCACCGAAGGUGAUCGAUUGGUUUGUGACCGCUGCCCUGCAAGCUUUCAUUUGGAGUGCCUAGAUCCACCUUUGGAUGCGGACGAAGCACCCACUGGCGUGUGGUAUUGUCACCGAUGCACAAUGCUUUCAAAGGUACACUGCACAUUUAUCAGCACCCUAAACUGCCCUGCAACGUUUUUUAUUCGCUAUUUAUAUGAUUUGAUUGCUCCAAUUGACCUCAAAAACUCUCCUCUGUGCGCUCUCUGGGAUGUUGUAAACUACUCAAGAUUUCUGAAUCCCAAAGAAUUUGAUCUUCCCAAGGACCUCAUUCCAGGCAUGAAGAUACCCGGCUCCUACAAAACUUUGAUGGAACGAAAAUCAAAACCCAUUAUCGACAUCGAAAAUGGUCAGAUCCCCAAACCUGUUCGGCGUUGUUACAUGUGCGCCAGAACCUGCUUUCAUUCCCCUCUCCUACCAUGCGACUACUGCUCGGCCUGUUUUCAUCUCGAGUGUCUCGAUCCCCCGCUGUCUCACUUUCCUCCUCGAUCCGACCGCUGGAUGUGUCCGCUACAUGCCGAGCAUGUCGUUGACAAGUACCUAGUCUCUUCUAUCCGUCUCUCGGAGAGGAUACGCAUGUGGAACCAGUUAGCCAUCUUCUCCGCUGGCAUAACCUCCCUCGAUCAGUGCCCUUAUGCGCGCAACCUAGAUGGUGCCACCCACGAAGUCCGCUUCAGGCCGGAUGACGAGGCAACAGUCCUGUGUGACCUUAUGCGACGCAUUCAACGCGGUCGCGCUGAGAAGGCGUUCAUGAAUGCCUGUCUUGCGAGUGAGGAGAACUUGCCCCACUUGCAACAGAUAACAAACUACUGUCCUACCAUAUACAAUCAACCUGGACACGUUUCACCUUUUGUCGCACCCGACCUCAAGUCGAGACCAGCGACCACGGGUUUCAGCUGGGAUCCCACAGAGGAGUCUUCUCCGUCCGACUGGAAAAUGCGUGUAGUUGUGAGUCCCAAUAGAUAA